AUGAAUUCAUACAUCUUAUUCACUAUUCUUAUAGGCUUAGGUGCAUCUUAAAUUGUAGUGACAUCACAAAACAUCUGUGGUUGUACACAAUUAACAAAUCAAAAUGAUUGUGGCAUAUUACCAGGCUGUAUAUGGGUAGCAGCUAGCAACUAAUGCUAAUAAAAUAAUUGCUCAACACUAACACAAUCUUAAUGCUUAAAAGCUUCUUAUUAUUGUCAAUGGAAUCCAAAUACAAAUCCUCCAUCAUGUUCGGCAUUUACAUCAUGUGCUAGCUUAACAGCUACAAACAAUUAAUAAUGUAUCUAAUAGAAUGUUAGAUGUCUUGGAUAUGGUGUAUUACCUAAUUCAACCUCCAGUCAAUGUUUGUAUUAUAGUGAAAUCAGUUCAAAUUGUAGUGAGUAUCAAUAAAAUAAUUGCUCGUAUAAUUUUGGUAAAGAUGGACCAUGUUAUUGGACUAAAGAUAAUAUAUGUUAAGUAAUUAAUCAAUGCUCACAAGCUCAACAAUAAAAUUAAUGUGAAUAACUUAAUUAUUUCAAAUCUGAUUCUCCUUAAGGAAUUGUAUGUUAAUGGAAUGGUACUACAUGUUCACCUAUAACAAAUUGUAAUCAAUUUACAACUGAAGACACAUGCAAACACUAUUUUUCAAAUUUGAAUUCAAUAACUUUGAAUGUAUGUGCAUGGUCUUUAGGUUAAUGUGUUAAUGUAAAUAACAUUAAUUAAUUGAAUUCAUAAAAUUGUAUAACUAAUACAGGUUUAUUGUUUAGAUGGUAUGGAUUAUAAUAAAAUCCUGCAAUAGGAUUUUGUGGUCCAUGUAAAUAAUUGUCUAUUACAACAUCAUAAAUAUCAAUUAUAACAAAAGCUAGAUGCAUAUGUUCUGAUUAUGUCUUACAAACUGAUUGUAAUUCAUAGAAUAGUUUAUGUCAAUGGAAUACAUUAACUGGAACUUGCUCUUAAAGUACAUGUGAUUAAAUUAAAAAUCAAAGUAUUUGCACUCAAGUUUCAAAUUGUUUCUGGAGUUUUAAAACUAAUGUAUGUUAAAAUUUGAAUAGUUGCAAUGAUCUCAUAUAUAAUUUUAGUGCAGUUGGAUGUGCAGCAUAAAGUUUAUCAUGUGCUGGUUAUGAAGCAAAUAGUUGUAUUGCUACAUCUACUAUUAAAUCUACAUGCAGUAGUUAAAAAACUUAAACAGACUGUUCCUAAUUUAUUGGUGUUUAAGGUCUUUGUGUGUGGAAUGCUACUAAUAAUUCAUGUUCUCUUUUAUAAGUCUGUAAUUAAAUAUCUGAUGCUGCAUUUUGUGGAAAUUGGAAAAAUUAAUGUCAAUGGAAUGCAUAAUCAUCAUAAUGCUAAUAAUUGGAAUGUACAAUGUAUUAAAAUGAAUAAACCUGUUCUUAUGUGAUUAAUCAAUUUACUGAAUACUAAUUGUGUAGAUGGAAUAAAACAUUAGGACUUAAAGGAGGUUGUGAAAAUGCUUACUCAGCAUUAUUAUAAACAUCAUAAACUUGUGUUAGUAAUACAGGUAGUACUUUUAGAUGGAGUACCAAUAAUGCAUCUGCAGGAAUGUGUGUUUCAUGUGGUACAAAUCAAUUAUCAAUUUAAACACCAUCUUCAUGUUAAUGUUCAUAAUUAUACUCAAAAGAAAAUUGUCAAAAUUCAGGAUUUUGCACUUACAAUUCUACAACUAACAUUUGUUCACCAUCAUCUUGUCUUUAAUAUGAUAACUAGAUUACUUGUGCUUCAUUAAGUACUUGCUAUUGGAAUGGCACAAAUGGCUGUGUAUCAUUCACUAAUUGUUCUUCAUUAACAGCAACUAACUAAUUAGAAUGUGUCAAUAUGAAUGCUUCAUGUAAAGGAUUCAGCAAUGGUACUUGCCAAUCUUUUCCUACAACAACUUGUUCUGCUUUAUAUGCUGCUAAUGGUUAGUGUUAUAAUAAUAUUGGUACUGAUGGAGUUUGUAUUUUGAAUACAACAGGCUAAACUAAAACAUGUGAUGGAUUUUCAUAAUGUACAUAAGCAACAAAUGAAACCUUAUGUUUAAGAAAUUAAUUUAGUUGUUCAUGGAACAGUAUUACCAAAUAAUGCUCUUAAGUUAAUUGUUCAUCAUUCAAAACAUAAUUAAAUUGUUAAUUCUAUUUACCAAAUCCACUCUCAUCAUAAGUUGUUCCAUGUUUAUGGAAUACAACUACUAGCACAUGUGGACCAGCUUCUGAUAUAUUAACAUAAUUAACUUAAAAUAAUUGUGCAGCUAGUACUCAUAAUACUUAUAGUUGGGUGACAGUUUCUGCUACAAAUAACAAAGGAUAUUGUGUCAGAUGUUAAGAAUAGGUUACAUUACCUAAAUAAUGUGGAUGUACAUUUUUAAGCUAAUUUGAUUGUUCCUAAGCUCUAUAAUGUUAUUGGACAAAUGGGUCAUGUUAAACAAUGAAUUGUCCAUAAAUACUAUAAUAAACAGUAUGUGCUUCUUAAACUGGUUGUUAUUGGUCGAAUAAUUAAUGUCAAGAUUUAGUUGGUUCAUGUGAUACUUUAUUAGGUAAAUCUUAAGCUGCAUGUAUGGCACAAAAUGUAUAUUGUGUUGGUAGUAAUGGUACUACUUGUAGCUAAUCCUAUAAUAAAUGUGAAGCAAAUACCUUGGAUACUUCAUGUGUUGCAUCUCUUGGAAGUGAUGGAGCUUGCUAUUGGAAUAGUACAACUAAUACAUGUGUGGCUGUCAAUAGUUGCAAUUAAUUACCAGAAUCUGCAUGUAAAUUAAGAUCAAAAUCUUGUUAUUGGGAUAUUACAUCUUGCUAAACUUUAACAUGUAGUACACUUUAUUCAUAAUUUGGUUAAUGUACUUUUGUUAUGAAUUUAUCACCUAUCAGCUAUGUUUAAUCUUGUAAAAUGAUCCAAAAUGAAUGUAUUUCAAUAUCAGAUACUCUUGGAUUAACUUAAGAUUAAUGCUUUACCAAUUCAAAUAGAACUGCAAGAUGGGUUCCUAAAACUAAAGGAGAGGGAGGAAUUUGUUAUUCUUGUUCAGCAAACUUGACUCCAAUUUAUUCAGCUCAAACAUGUUAAUGUUAUUAAUACAUGACUUAAAAUGAAUGUCACAGUGUUCCAAACUAAUCUUGUGUUUGGGCAAACUCAAAAUGUACCGAAAAAACAUGUGCCAACAUUUUUACUAAUUUAGCAUGUGCCUAAACUAUGGGAUGUGGAUGGAAUUCUACAACUAAUGUUUGUGAAAAUUUCACUUCAUGUAAUUCAAUCACUGUUACAGGAUUAGCCAUUCAAAACUGUCUUAGUUAUUCUAUUUAAUGUAAAGGUUACAAUGGAACAAAUUGCACUUAAUAUCCUAAUUAUACUUGUGGUUCAUUAACAACUUCACCUACUUGUAGUGGUAAUUUAGGAACUGAUGGUGCUUGUUUAUGGGUUACUGUUGGUGAAACAUCUUCAUGUGUUGCAAUAACAUAAUGCAAUUAAAUAAAUAAUCAAUAAAUAUGUAGUUACUAUUCUAAUGUUUGUAUAUAUUUAAAUAAGGCCUGUCAAUAACUUACCUGUGCUAGUUUCACAAGUCCAGCAUCAUGCAGAUAUGUUGUUACUUCCUUUACAACAGGAGAUAUCUAAUAAUGUCAAUGGUCAACAAGUUCAAAUUCUUGUAUCGAUUUGAUAACAUCUUCAUAAUUAAAUUCAAUUAAUUGUUCAAUUAAUACAGGAUUCACUUAUAGAUGGGUUCCUACAAAAAAUGGAAAUGGAGAUGGUUAUUGUACUAAAUGUGUUAUAAACUCUCUAUAUGUUCCUGGAUAAUGUGCUUGCAACUAGUUAAUUUACUAGAAUGAUUGUUAAGCAAAUCUUUAAUGUUCAUGGUCUACUGCCUAAAGUACACCAAGUUGUUAUAAUAAACCAUGCAGUUAAAUUUUUUAAUAAGCAGCUUGCAGUUCCAAUCCAAGAUGUUCAUGGUCAGCAUCCUAAUCAUUAUGUUAACCAUUUUCAUCAUGUUCUGAUCUAGCUGGUGUCAAUGCUGGAGAAUGUGCCAGUUAUUCAAUUUAUUGUGCAGCUUUAUCAACAUCAUUUUUAACACUUCAAUAGAAAUAUAUUUGCUCACCAACAGCAAGUGAAUAAUGUUCAGUUGCCACUCCAACAUCAGGAAAAACAGAUCCAUCUGAAUGUGAAAACAAAUAUGUUUCUUAUGGUAUUUGUUAAUAUAACACAACUACUUCAUAAUGCUAAAAAAUUACAAUGUGUUCAGAGAUUACCUCUUAAAUGUAAUGUCAACGAUUAGUUCAUUCUUGCUAUUGGUAAUUACCAACUGGAGAAGCAACCACAGGUUCUUGUGUAGCUACAAAAUGCACAUACAUUACAAAUAAAUUAGAAUGUACUUAUGUUUUGAGCUCAUUGGCAACACCAUCUGCUACUAGUGUAACUUAAUGUACUUGGUAACCAUCUAACGGUUGUUAACCAGCUGCAAAUAUCUUAACUACUCUCUCAUCUAGUUAGUGUUACUCCAAUACUUUGAUGAUGUCAAGAUGGACUUCUACUUCAGGAGAUACUGGUUAUUGUGCCUCAUGCACCUAAUAUAGUCUAACUACAACCCUUAAAUCUGUAUGUUCAUGCUCAGAUUUAUCCUCAUAUGAAUGUGCUUAUGCUUCCCCUUAAUGUUCAUACAAUUAAACUAGCACUAAAUGUGUUACAUAAACCUGCACAUCUAUUACAUCUAAGUAUUCAUGUGCUGCAAAUCCUAAUUGUAUCUAUGUUGGAACUUGCCAACAAUACACAAAAUCCCCAUCCUCUACUACUUAUGGAUGUGUAAAUAUCACAACUGCCACAUCUUCUUUUGAUUGCACUGCAGCUUCAGUCAAUUGUCCUCAAUUUACUCCAAAUACUGCUGCAGGAAAACCUGGCACAUGUGGUGUAGUAGAAUAAUGUAGUAAAUUAAAUAGUACUACAUGCAGUACUGCUGCUCCUUAUUGCGUUUACAACAAUAAUUCAUGUUAAACUAUUAAUAAUUGCAAAUAGAUAACUGACAUUGCAAUUUGUAGUUUAUAAACAAACAGAUGCCAAUGGAGUGUUGUCUUGAAUUCAUGUAUCACAAAAUCAUGUAAUUCAUAUACCAUUUAAUCUGAUUGCACUUAUGUCUAUACAUCUUAUUCACCUGGAGAUGUCGCUCUUUGUUACUGGGAUUCCAGCAAUAAUGAUUGCCGAAGUGCUUCCUUAUCAUUAGCAGAGACCUUUAAUUAGACUAACACCACAUAAUGUUAUGUAAACACAGGUCAUGUAUAUCACUUGGACGGAAAUGACUGUACAAGGUGCUUCUAAAACAUUUUGAGCAUUCUUCUAAUAACAGUGCUCCUCAUAUUAAUUUGAGAGU